AAAUGAAGAACAUGAAUCCAUUGCUCUGUUUAAUGUUGGUGGGUCUCACUUUUUGUGCUGCCGGAUCACAUUCAAUACACAAAAGAAGUCUUCCACGUUUUGGUAAAAUGGUCGAAUUCCUCACAGGAAAAAAUUCAUUGAUGUUUAAUGAAUACGGAAGAUGGUGUGGAUUUGGUGGGUCAGGUACACCAGUUGAUGCGAUUGAUCGAUGCUGUCAGAAACAUGACUAUUGUUAUGACAGAGUCAACGAAGAUCAAUGCAAUUCUUGGUUCAUUAAUAAAGGUUAUAUCACCAAAUAUAACUGGCAUUUUGAUGGUGUGAAUAUAAUAUGUGACGAUUCGCGUCAAUGUGAACAGGCAACAUGUGAAUGUGACAGAGAUGCAGCCAUGUGUUUCCAAGAACACAUAGACAAAUACGACAAGAAACACCAGUCAUUUCUAGGGAAGCUGUUUCACAAGAUCACUGGAUGAUUCCUUUUAAAGAGAAUAUAUAGCAAUUAUAUCGCAUUCGUUGUUGUCAUCUUAUGUAUGUAUGUAUGUAUGUAUGUAUGUACGUAUGUACGUAC